CGUGGUUCAAACAGCCCAAUCACAGGGAGGCUAGCUGUUGAGCUGACAUUUAGCUUGUAUCCAACGGACUUUCCGUGUAAAUAUCAGCAUAGAGCUGAUUUUCUGGAGCAGAUCAGGUUUAUCUGCGGGUUUAAACGGCUGGUCUUUACUUUACUUCAUGAACAAAGCCAUGAGGAACCUGUCCGGUUCGCCCCGGGUUCAGGUCCACGUCAGUAAUGCCGACGCGCUCUACCUGCACGUGAAGAGGACUCCCAGCGAGACGUCUCAGCGGACGGCGAGCAAGGACAAAUCGCCGCUCCGUCCCUCCGCCAACGUCAAAACGCGUCUUCCAUGGAUUCCUCCAGGAAAGGCUCCCUACAAAUGGGAGGGACCGACCCACUGCCUGGAGAUCAAACCGCCAGAACCGGGACCAGAACCUGAGCUGCGGCUGUCCGACCUCGCCCCAGAGGAAGAGCAGCAUCUGCGCAGCCGCAUCAGCCAGUAUGAGAAGAAGAUCGACAGCCUGAUGAGUGAGGUCAGCUCUCUGAGGACCGAGGUGGAACACCGCAGGAAGGAGCAGGUCCUGGGCCGCAAAUCGGAGCAGCAGGACGUCUUCCAGCGAGUGACCGCCAAGCCGGAGGAGGAGCUGGCCGAGGAGAACAAGGAGCUGCAGGAGUGGAGAAACAGCCAGCUGAGGGAGUCCAUAGGGAGGAUACUGCAGGAGAACAGACAGAGCAGUCCAGACGGUUUUCCAAAGGAUCCGGAGCUUCUCCUCCAGAAGUUGAGGGAAGCUGAAGCUGACGCCGCUGCAGCUGCUCAGCAGGUUUCUGCUCUGAAGGAACACGUGUACAAGUUGGGCGACUCGGUAAAAAACAAGAUAAUGUGGUCCGAUCUGGACCAGCAGAAGGAGCUGCUGCUGGGGAAGCUGGAGGCAUUCGAGGUCACUCAAGAGUUCUGUAUAGCCAUCUGCUGCAUAAUCAGGAAUGUAUUCCAGUAUUAUUGUCCUGAUGGAUCAGAACCUGUAAUCUCUCAUCUCUCCUCUGGGGGCGCUGUGGUUUUCUUUUCUCAGCUGCUGGUUAAGAAGCUUCAGGAGAAGGAGAAGGAGCUUCAUCAGCUCUCCACCCAGCUGGACUCUGAGAAGGAGAAAGCCAGGAGGUCGGUGGAAAUGUCCCAGAAUCUGGACGCCACCAGAGCUCAUCUGCAGAGUCAGCUGCGGAGAAAAGAAGCCGAAAACAACCGGCUCAUCAUCCAGAUAAAGACCCUGGAGCGGGCGGCCAGCCAGCAUCUGGCGGAGGUGGACCAGCAGAAGGAGCUGCUGCUGGGAAGCAGGAGGCGGAGCAGGAGCAGGAGGCGCUGCAGCAGGCCAGCCGGGCCCAGAAGCAGCGAGUCCCAGCUGCACCUGAUCAGGUGCACCUUACUACAUCUAUCUGCCCAACAGGAGAAGCAAACCGCCGAGGCUCUGGCUUCUGCUGACACCUGGCAGCGUCGCCAUGGAGAGGAAGCAGAAGAGAAGGGUCAGCUGGAGGUGGAGCUGAACCUGCUGACCAGCCGGAUAUCGGACCUGACGGAGCAGCUGCAGGCCGUUCAGGAAACGGGUCGGCUGGAGAAGCAGGCGCUGCUGGACCGGCUGCAGGCCGUGUAUUCCAGCAUUAUUGUCCUGAUGGAUCAGAACCUGCUGCUGGUUAAGAAGCUUCAGGAGAAGGAGAAGGAGCUUCAUCAGCUCUCCACCCAGCUGGACUCUGAGAAGGAGAAAGCCAGGAGGUCGGUGGAAAUGUCCCAGAAUCUGGACGCCACCAGAGCUCAUCUGCAGAGUCAGCUGCGGAGAAAAGAAGUUUACAACUGGCUCAUCAUCCAGAUAAAGCAGAAGGUCACAGCUCCACUGGGACUUGCAGACCCUGCAGGUGGGGAACACGAGACCCUGGAGCGGGCGGCCAGCCAGCAUCUGGCGGAGGUGGACCAGGUGGCGCAGCAACUGGGCCGGGUGAAGCAGGAGGCGGAGCAGGAGCAGGAGGCGCUGCAGCAGGCCAGCCGGGCCCAGAAGCAGCGAGUGGAGCGCUGCGAGGGCUCAGCGGGUCAGCUGAGCGCACAGCUGCUGAAGAGGGUGGACACCUGGCCAGCGCCUGCUCCGCAGAAGAACCAGCUGCUGAUGGAGGAGAACCCAGCUCCAGCUGAAGGUGGAGCUCUCUGGACCAGCGUUCUGCUCCCCAGCCCAAUCAGACCUGACGGAGAAGAAAAGACCAGAGAGUGUUCGCUGCUGAGCCGGAGGCUGGAGGAGGCUGUGAACGACGCGCGCCACCAGUUUAUGGUGACAGAAAGCAGAACCAGGCGCUCAGCUUGCUGCUCCGCUCUGCAGGUGGGGAACACGCGGGCCGAGGCGGAGCAGGCCCGGGCCCAGGUGGCGCAGGCGGAGCGGGACGCCCAGGCCGUCCGGGUGGAGCUGGAGAGGGAGAAGGAGCAGAUCCGGCGGGAGCUGCAGGGCCGGCUGUCGGAGCUGGAGUUCCUGACAGGCUAUUUCCUGUUCCUGUAACAUGUUACUAACCUGUGAGGCUCAGAGGAGGAGCGCAGCCGCGAGAGGCGCAACCUGGAGCUGAGCGGCAACGUGACAGAGCUGCGGCUGAAGGUGGACACCCAGGGGCGCCAAACGGACCUGCUCCGGCAGAAGAACCAGCUGCUGAUGGAGGAGAACCGGCAGCUCCAGCUGAAGGUGGAGUCUCUGGAGAGGAAGCUGAGCGACGUCUCCAGCCAGAACUCGGACCUUCUGACCGUCAUUUCCAAACGGGAGAAGACCGAGAGUGUUCAGAUCUCAGAGACCAGAGAACGAGCCGCCAACAAGGAGCGUUCCACCCAGACCACCAUCAUGGACCUGGAGGCGCAGCUGAGCCAGACCGCCGUGGAGCUGGAGCAACUGGGCCGCAACAUAGAGGAGGCGGAGAGGCGGUACCAGAGCCGACUGCAGGACCUCCAGGACCGCCUGGAGCAGUCGGACAGCACCAACCGCAGCCUGCAGAACUACGUCCAGUUCCUCAAAGCGUCCUACGCCAGCGUGUUCAGUGACGGGCUCCUCUGCGGGCCCCGGCGCCCCCCGUCACCCGUCUGAGACACUCCUCAUCACCACGGCAAUGGAUAUUGGAAACUAAGCCAAUCAUCACCUCAUCCACAUUAGAACCAUAAAGUAUUAAUUAUUUUGA